AUGGCAGAUAUUAAACGAUUUGUCUUUGUUGAACGAAAACGGGUUCUCACCAUAGCUGCCACAUGCGGUCUAGGAAUUGUCUCAGAAAAAGAAGAAUUGCAAGGAUACCAGAUCUACAUUGUAGAACAAUGGAUGUGCGAUCGUACCAUGCCUUCGAAUACAGUCAAGGUAUUCACUGGAGACCCAACCCACAAGAUUGAUGUAUGCGUUAUUGCCAUGACCUCCGCCGACUUGCAACAUCCUAGACCAGAAAUUAAACCAUUCUUUGAUACUGGCAUGCCUUUAAAAUUCAAAUCUACACCUCAAGGAGACAUUACGUUAACAGAUCCAAGUGAACUUCCUUAUGAUAUGGAUAUGGUACUAGUACCAAAUGGAGAUUUCGAUGGCUGGGUCAAGCAAGCAUAUGUUAAUAUCAAUCUUCGGCGAUCGAAUUGCACUGGUCGAAGUGCACUUAACUUACGGAAGCCAAAUCCAGCAUCGGAAGAGAAGUUUAGGUCAAUCUACAAAAUCUCUGACGCUGUUCACUUUGAAGACGCUGUAAUCAAUCUAGUAAUUCUUGCUCAAAUUGCACUUUAUCUCUUCAAGUUGCUUCCGAGAGAUUACAUUGAUGGGUUGGUAUGCAACGACACCAUUAAUGCCUUUCGAGAGUUUUACUUGAACUACCAUCCUCACAAGUCAUCAGAGUAUCAAAUCAAGGAAUUCUGGAUGGAACCUCAUCUCUUAACAGCUCUUAUCACAAAAAUUAUUGUAUGCAGAAAUAAACUCCAAACUUAUGGAUUUACGGCAGUUAAAGAUCCAUUCACUGAAUUCGAGACAUUUCGAUACGAUAUUGAAGAAUUCCAGCGAGUCAAAAAUCUAAAAAGAACGAGACUGAUAGAUCUAGAGACACUCGAGAAAUUGAAUGAAUAUUCUCUUAGUCAACUGAAAGUGCGAAAAGUCCUAAAAUCUAAAUUAGAAGACAUAUCAGGUGCAAAUAACUUGCCUCUAUUCGUCGAAUCGUCAGACCCAGAAGUAUUUCGUCGACACGCCACUCUUGACUCACUAAGACUUGUAUGGAGACCUCGCAUGAAAAAUGGAUUUGGAAGUGAUAACGAGCGACAAACAAACGAGUUUAUGCACAUGAUAAAAGGCGUAUCUGCAAGAACGAGCAGAACCACUGGAGCAGCAGCAGAGAUCCUAUCAAAAGUAGCAAAUUCGUUGCCUUGGACUACAGGCGCAGAACAAAAGCAGCCGAAAGAGCACCGAAGUCGCCUAUCACAUAAAAAACCAACUGUAAAGAUACCAGCUAUUGCUCAGCAAGUAAUUACUUUAGCCAAGCCUGCUCCCAGCAAUCAACAACAUGUACCGCAAUUACACCCAAUGAAAACAACAAGUUCUCUCGGUCAGAUAGUUGAAGAAGAUUCUGAAGUACCAAAGUCAGUGCCUGGAAGAAAGGCGUCACCUUUAUCCAUGGAAACCUACCCAUCUUCUGAUGAGGAUAUGUACACAUACAGCCAACAAUCAACUGCAGAUAACACCUCUUCAAAGGGUAUUUCAGAACACACUGCACAAGACCUUCCUUCCUUUGUCCGUGCUCAUCCUCCACACUUCCUCACCCAAGCAGAUUCAUAUUCCCAGAAUCUUUCAUUCCAACAUGUACACUCUAAUUCUGCUGAUAUUCUCCACAAAAAAACCAUAUCUAAUGAUACAACUCAUGAAGCACCUAAACGCCUGCGCUCUGUUUCUGAUAGUGCCAUCAGAAGUAGUGCGUACACCCAUCAUGGCUCUCAAUCUUCGACUUCCAUUCAAUCUUCGCCAAUAUCUCCUCAAUUUUCCUCUCCUGUCUUCUUGCACCAGCCCAACCACCCACUUUCCCGUAAUCGAGCUUAUUCACUCAUCAUCCCAUCACAAAAUAACAAUAAUAUUACAGAAACCAUGCUAUCUAAUCGGCCGUCAAUUUAUAUGGAUGUCAAAACAUAUUUGUCUUAUGAGCGGCUGAAGAAACAACACACGGCUCUUGAAAAAACCUACCAUCAAUUACAAAAUAUGGCACGCGAAUAUGAAAAGACUGCACACCAGUUGCGUGCUACUCAUCAGCGACGAUUUAAAGAGUUUGACAAAAUUCAGUCUAAUGCGCGCAAGGUGAUGGACGAUCAGCAGGAGACAGAGAGACGACUAAAAUCCGUAGAAGAAGACAGUGCUAAACUUCAUUAUGAGCUCAAUGUCUUGAAUGACUAUUUGAAAGACAUGGAAGACAAUGUGUCUAUGUUUUACGGGAAGAUCGGAAUGUUAGAGCGUAAGAUGGAUGACUCCCAGCAGUCAAUCACAACCAUGUUGAUUAUUGGAAACUACUUUCGAUAUUAUUGGCGAAAGGCCCGGAAUUUUCUUGGAUUAUAGUGACCGAUAAUAUUUUGGAUUCCAAACAAUACCCCCCCUCUUUUAAAGAAUACUAUUCUAUUCUGUUAAAUAUCAUUUCUUAAAAAUAUAGAUACGCAAACGAAAAUACU